CUAGCCUUCUAGGGACCAAAAAAAAAAAAAACCGAGAAAACUCGCCGCCUCCUUCCCCUCCGCCCUCGUCUCGACCUCGACGCGAAGGCGAACGCCGCGAGGAGGACGCACGCGAGCGCGGCGGCGAGAUGAAGGUCUCCGUGAAGACGCUCAAGGGCUCCAGCUUCCAGAUCGAAGUGAACCCCGCCGACAAGGUUUCUGAUGUGAAGAAGCUCAUUGAGAGUUCACAAGGGCAGAAUGUCUACCCAGCUGAUCAACAAAUGCUUAUACACCAAGGGACGGUGCUCAAGGAUGACACUACGUUGGAGGAAAGCAAAGUUCUUGAAAACAACUUCCUUGUGAUAAUGCUUAGACAGAAUAAGGGCUCAUCAAGUGCAGCUCCAGCUAAAUCUAAGGAACCUUCAAAUCAGGCACCCCCUACUCAGACAGUACCUGCUAACCCUCCAUCUCAAGCACCGGUGGUGCCAGCACCUCCAGCAGCUGCUGCACCAGCACCUAUUGUACCUAUCAGUGCUCCUACUCCAACUGCCACGGCCUCGCCAGCUUCUGCUGUGGCUGUCUCCACCGAAGCAGAAACUUAUGGUCAGGCUGCCUCAAACCUUGUUGCUGGGGGCAACCUAGAGGCAACUAUUCAGUCAAUUCUUGAAAUGGGUGGUGGAACGUGGGACAGAGACACAGUGCUCCGUGCUCUACGGGCUGCAUUCAACAAUCCGGAGCGGGCUGUUGAGUAUUUAUAUUCUGGAAUUCCUGAGCCGAUGGAGAUUCCUGCACCACCACCAAGUGCCCAGCCAGCUGAUCCUGUCCAGGCUUUACAGGCAACUCAACCUGCAGUUGCCUCUUCUGGACCAAAUGCUAGUCCCUUGGACCUCUUCCCUCAAGCCCUUCCAAAUGCUUCUGCAAAUGCCGCUGGUGAGGGAAAUCUGGAUGUUUUGCGUAAUAAUGCACAGUUCCGAAGCUUACUGUCUUUAGUGCAGGCUAACCCCCAAAUCCUACAGCCAUUGCUUCAAGAGCUGGGAAAACAAAAUCCUCAGAUUUUGCAGCUGAUUCAGGACAACCAAGCCGAGUUCCUUCGUUUAAUCAAUGAACCAGCUGAGGGUGAUGAAGACGAGAAUCUCCUAGACCAAUUUGCAGAGGGAGUGCCUCAGACCAUAGCGGUUACUCCUGAGGAGAAUGAAGCUAUACUUCGUCUUGAAGGAAUGGGUUUUGACCGGGCGCUUGUUCUGGAGGUGUACUUUGCCUGCAACAAGGACGAGACCUUGGCCGCGAACUAUCUCUUAGACCAUAUGAAUGAGUUUGAUGAUGGCGCACCGCAGUAAGACAAGCUGGGUUGUUGCCAAACUACAUGCAAAUGCCACAAGCUCAUUGGAGCAACUGUGUGGGGAGGCUUAUACUGCUGCACUCGCAUGGCAGGCCUUAGGAUAUCUUUUUUGUGAUCUGUCUUUUCUUUAGUUUGUAAUUCUUUUCUGCCUUACUAUCAGUACAUUCUCUAGAUCAUCUUUAAACGUUAAUUACAGACUUGACGGCAGGGUAUAAAAGUUCUCAGUCGGUGUUACUGGAUCAUGCUGAUCUAGGCUGUUUCUUCAGCGAGCUCUUUGCUUCUGAACAACUGCAGUAACCUAGCUGCCUGACCUAUAUUACCGUGUGUCACCAUUCUUAUUGCCAUUGCCUACUGUGCGAAUUGAAUAAUUAUUUUGUGGUCAA